AUAUGUGUGUGUGUGUGUGUCUAAAGAGUGUUUGAAUUUUUCCAUGCAACAUUCGCAGUGGAAAGCCAAUUGAGACAAGCAAAUUAAAUAUACACAUAUCAAAUGUUUAAUGAAAACGCACGAUAACACCAGGAAAAGCGUCGAAAGGUUUUCGUUAAGUAUUUCGGCAAAUAUUCUGGACAUUGCGAGGGGUCAACGGUGCGGCGACCGAUCUCGAUGUCUCCGCAAUUAGAUAAUGCUUAAGUUACCAAAAGGCUUAAAAAAGAAAAAGAAGAAGUCGAAAAAGGACCAAGAACUCUUCACCGAAGAGGAGCUCGAGCAGUACAAGCGUGAGCUCAAAGCCAAACAGGAGGCUGCCGCCAACAAAUCAGACGCUGGCGAAUCGGACGCAGCAUCGGACGUCGAGGGCGCAGCAGCCACAUCCAGUCGAUCAGCCGUUUCGGCAGCCACAUCAGCCUUUGCGGCAACAGGCACUGCCCACGAGCAGCAGCAGCUGCAGCAGCAGCAGCAGACCGCUGACGCUGGCGACGAAGAAUGGGCCAAGUUUAAGGCGCUAACCUCAGGUGUCGAUACUAUAUUACACAAGACACAGGACGAGCUUGAUCGCAUCAAGAAGGAAUCCUUUUACCAACGCCUGCCCUCGGCAGCCGAAAAGAAGAAGCAGGAGGAAGAGGAGGCCGCACGACGUGAGGCGGCAAGACUCGAACGCGAACGUCAACUAGCCGCCGAGCGCGAGGCGAACCGCGACAAAUUAGCGGAGGCCGUUGUCCAACUUUCCGACUCGGAGGACGACCAGCAGGACGAGGUCGAUGACAUCUUUGCCACUGACUACAUCGAGGCAAUUACCAGCGGUGAACUGCAACUAACUGCCGUGCCCGAUUCGCCCGUGCUUGAUAUAGACGACGGACCCGAUCCCUUUGAUACCGCUUACGCGGAGAAGGUCAUUGUUGGCGCCGACAAGGCCAAGGGCAACAAGAAACUCGUCAGUCUCGGCGCCGCCGUUGAGGUGCUCUCUGGCCGCGUCGAUCGCGAACACGCGCUCGCCUUAGCCAAUCCCAAGCGGAAGCUACGCAAGGGCAUACAGAAUCUACUGCUCAGCGAAAGCGUUGAGCUAGCCGAUCCCGAAGCGGAUCUCUUAGCUCCCGAGCCCCAGCAUAAUCUACUCGACGAUCUCGUCGAUGACGCGCCCGAAUGUGUAGGGCCCAUUGACUUGAGCGUUUCGCUGCACUUGCAUUUGAUAAAGCCCCAAAGAGUCGACGAGGACGACGAGGAGGGCGACGAGGGACUUGGCCAGCUCAAUCCUGAUCUAGCCGAGUUUGAUGCACUCAAAGACGAGGAGGACGACGAGUUUGCAGAACUAGCAGCAGAAUCUCUAACCAAAAAGGAGGAGGUUACCAUAGUUAAUCAGGUUCUGCUGCCGCCUGCGGAGCUACUCGCCGAAGCCGCGGCAGAAGCCAGUUGGGCAGAGUUUGAACCCGAGCCUGAAGAGCAACAAUCAGGUAAGCCGAAACGUCCACCACCACCCGGUCGUCCUUCCACUGGACCGCACAUUGUGCCCGGUGCUAUCUACGUUAGCGACGACGAGGACGACGCCAAUCUAGACGACGAUCCGUUUAACACUUACUACGCGGAACAGGUGAUCAAAAAGACAACUGUACUCGAACAGGACGACGAUUUCGAUCCGCGUGCCGAGGAGCCAGCUGCCGAUUCGAAUUCACUAGCGGCACCAGAUCGUGACCUUUUGGCUGGCAGUGCAACCGAUCUGAGCAAGGUUGUGCCUGCGCCACUUGCGCCCACGCUAAGCGUCGACCAGCAGGAGCAGGACUUUGAUCCCUUCGAUACAUCGGCCAUCAACGCACUCGUUCAGCCAAAGGCCACAGAGCUGCGAUUUCUGGAGCGUGAACUGCUUAACGAAACCGGCUCAAGCCUAAAGCACUCGCUGAGCGAUCCGGACUUUGAUCCGCGCGCAGGCCAGCCGGAGAUCGUCGCGGCGCCAGUGCAAGUAGCACAGAUUUCCGCCCCGGAGCAGGAAUUCGACUGUGCCCGUCGCAAAUCGUCGCUAAGCCUUAAUAUACAGGGCAAAAGCGUGGGCUUUUUAGUGCCCUCGCAGGAUUUGCUAGCCGCUGGUAAUGACGGUUGCCUUGGUGCCAAUAAGAAGCCACUGACACCCUACUACGCGCCUGCCGCCCAGCCCAUUGCCGAGCGCGAGUCGGAGGAUCCGUUUGACACGUCGUAUGUGCCCGAGGCCAAGCUUAGUGACAUUGAGCUGAAGCAUAUUGAGGCCGAUCUAAUUACAGAACCAACAUUGAAGCACAGCUUAUCCGAUCCAGACUUUGAUCCGCGCGCACCGCCCACACCCGUGCCAGCAGAGGUUCUGCUGGCCGUCGAGGAGAAUAUCAAUAUCAAGGUAUUGACGCCCGCUCAGGAGCGCAGGCGGCUGCCAAGCAACGUGCAGCUGGACGAGGACCUGGAUCUUGAUCCAUUCGAUACCUCAAUCGCAGCCAAUUUACAGCCAGGACAAACGGAACUAAAGCUGCUCGAGAACGAGCUACUGCCCGAUAGCGCCAAGCAGCCCAUCACCGGAGUUCUCGAUACUCAGAGUGACGCACAGGAGCUGGGACUGGGCGAUAAGGUGCUGACGCCGUCGCUGCCCAACCGCACAACACAGGAGCUGCUAGAGCAGCAACAGGAUAUUGAUCCUUUCGACACAUCCAUAGCGGAAAAUCUAGCGCCAGGCGAAACAGAAAUCAAGCUCCUGGAGAGCGAGCUCAUCGAGCGCUAAGCAAAG